AUGAGCCUCAUCACACUGACCGGCGCCGGAGGGAGGCAAAUUCAAGUCAAUACGGGGCUCUUUAUAAACAAUAAAUUCAUUGCAGCAGAGGGAAAUGAGGUUUUGGAGGUCGAGAACCCGUACAAUGGCAAGAUAUUAGCAUCAUGCUCGGCAGCAACCAAGAGGGAUGUUGAUGCAGCUGUCGCAUCUGCCGAGACUGCAUUUUAUAAGUCUUGGAAGGACAUCCGUCCAUCGACCCGAGGAUCGCUACUCAACAAGCUAGCAGACCUGAUCGAGAGAGAUGCCGAUGAUUUGGCAAGCUUGGAAGCCUUGGAGGCAGGAAUUCUCUUCUCCGACUCAAAGGCACUACACAUAACCCAGGCCACGGAAACACUGAGAUAUUUUGCGGGCUGGGUAGACAAAAUCACAGGGCAGUCGCUCAACAUUCCACAAGGAUAUGCUUAUACAACUCGAGUUCCGAUUGGAGUCUGUGCUGCCAUCGUACCCUGGAAUGCACCUCUGAUGAUUACUAUCUGGAAACUGGCUCCUGCUAUUGCUGCGGGCAAUGUGCUUAUUAUUAAGACACCGGAGUUGACGCCACUGUAUGGCCAAAAGCUAGCUAGCUUAAUCCAAGAAGCCGGUUUUCCCUCGGGUGUUAUCAAUAUCCUCUGUGGUCAUGGCCCAGUUGCUGGCCAAGCACUAGCUGAGCAUCCAAGAGUCAGGAAACUGGCAUUCACAGGAAGCUCGCCCGUUGGCCGUCAGAUUCUCCGUGCAGCUGCUGAUUCCAACCUUAAAAAGGUUACCCUCGAGCUUGGAGGAAAGAGUCCGUCUAUUGUCUUUUCUGAUGCCGACCUAGACAACGCAGUGUUCUGGACAAGUAUCGGCAUCACGGCAAAUAAUGGCCAGGUUUGUGCCGCUGGAUCUCGGUUGUACAUCGAAGAGAGCAUAUUCGAUAAAUUUAUAUCGGCGUUUGCUGCGAAGCUGAACCAGACUAGUUACGGUGACCCUCUGCUUCCGGAGACGACCAAAGGGCCAGUCAUUAGUCAUGGCCAGAAGGAUAAGAUCAACAAGUACAUUGAACAGGCCAAGCAGACGGGCUUAAAGCAGAUUGAAGGCAACGGAAUUCAACAAACUCCCACGGGCCAUUUUGUUGCCAACACCGCGUUCCUAAAUGUACCCGGCGAUGCACAGAUCAUGAAGGAAGAGAUAUUCGGCCCUGUUGCGUCAAUAUCAACUUUCAAAACCGAGGAGGAGGUGAUCGAAAAGGCAAAUGACAACGAACACGGCCUAAGUUCAGCGGUUUUUACCAAAGAUGUCGAUAAGGCGUAUCGGGUAGGCACAGCAUUGGAAGCUGGACAAGUGACCAUUAACUAUUGGGGUGGAAUCAAUGCCAACACGCCCUUCGGGGGGAUCAAACAGUCCGGGUUUGGUAGAGAUAUGGGAGAAGAGGCCCUCGAUGGUUGGUUGGUGUCCAAAACGCUGAAGUAUAGCAUCCCGCCGUCCAAACUAUAG